AUGUGGUUCUACUUUCGGCAUUACCUCAAUCUGAGCAUUCUUUAUUCCAUCGCUGCCGAGUACAGCACCGUCGGGCCGUUUGCGUUCGACUGGGAGACAGACAAGUCCACGUCUCGAUUCUCCCAGGGCGCGAUCUUCGCGCUGCUUGCCGCGCUGCAGGGGCUGCCCUUGUUCUGGCUGUUCUGCCUACUCCGUACCGCGGUCCGGUUCGUAAUUCUGGGUAUUGUAAAGGAUGACACGUCAGACGUGGAGGAGUCGGAGGUGGAGGAUGGCAACGCCGCGUAUGACAGCCUCGAAGACGACGCAGACACCGCUGAGCUUGUCAAGUCAUACGUGAAGACCCUGAUGAUAGCGUCGGACAUUGAUUCUAGCACCGACCUAUCGGCCGAACUUAAAGACCCGAUCCAGCGACAGGUACACAUGAGGGAGCUGGUGGAGAAAGGUCAGGCGAAGAUUUUUACGCCGUCGAAGAUUACCAAGGGAGUGGGCGAUGUAGCCCAGUUUAUUCUAUCGGCGAAGCCAAUUCUCGAUGCAGCUAUCCAGAACAUCCCGCAGGCUGCGCUUCCCUGGGCUGGUCGACUUGCCGGCAUCGUGCACGUCGUCUCCCAAAUGGAUUGGUAUUGCGCCCUGUCCGAACAUCUCUUGAAAAAGGAUCACGUCGACGAGUCUCUUGAGUCGAUCCCGCCCCUGCUGCAAGUGAGGGUUAUCGCGCUCUACAAGGCUCUCCUCCUAUACCAGAUAAAAAGCGUCUGCUCUUACUACCGACACCAGGGUCUCGUCUUUCUCCGCUAG